UGAGUGGACCUCAUGGCAUACGAUACGAUAAUAGAUAAUAGAAAUAGGUUAGAUGAUAAUACCUCUAAUAGAAGCUUAGCUUUUCCCCAAGUUGUGCUCCGCACUUUUGCAAUUACCAUCAUAGACGAACGAGGAAAGUAGUUAAGCCAAUUUUUCAAAAAGAAACAAGAACCUCGUGCUGAAAUAUGAACAGGGCGAAAUCCAAAACGGCUGAAUCGAAAUAAAUCCGUCAAUUGACAUAUAUUAUAUUAUAGUGCCUUCGUUGGGGGUUUCAAGGAAAUUCCCAUCUCUUGCGAAAUGUGCACGCUGAAAGCCAUCUGUAAUUUUCAAUUCAAAACGGCUACCCUUUCUUGACGAUUUCUUCAUAAGUUUCCAACUGGAUUUUAAAGGCUGGCCGGUGAUGCACACCUUCCUAAUAAUUUCUGUUCUUUAACUUGCCCUCGACGAUUUCUUUGAGGUGUCGGCGAUGGAUGCUAUAACAACUCCCUUCAUUUCUCUCUGCAAUCCGUACUCUAAACCCUUCUCAGUAUUGGAAUUACAACUUCCCUCAUUUCUCUGCAAUCCAUACUCCAAUCCUUUCUCAGUAUUAGCAUUCCUGUUAAAAAACCUAAAUGGCGGAAUUCCAAGAUUUCCUCCCGAUUAUGGCCGAGAAAUUGGGCGGGGCAGGUUUAAUGGCAGAGCUUUGUAAAGGCUUUCGUUCACUGGCGGAUCCACAACGGGGUUUGAUCACCGUCGAGAGUCUGCGGAGAAAUUCGGCUGUUUUAGGGGUGGAAUCUUUGACAGAUUCAGAAAUACAAGCGAUGGUGCAGGAGGGAGAUUUAGACGGCGACGGAGCCCUAAAUGAGCACGAAUUUUGCGUUCUGAUGGUUCGGCUUAGCCCUUCUUUCAUGGCGGAGGCCGACAAAUGGUUGCAGAAAGCCCUCACCGAGGAAAUGGAAGAAGCGCUGAAAUAUUUGUAAUGACAAUUAUCUUGUAGAUUAUAUAUAAAUUCUGUUUUUCUCAAUAUGGAGUUUAUGGUGUUUUAA